UCUCUUUAUCAAUUUCAUCUUAUUCGUAUCUCUUUCAUCUCUUCGUAUCACCUGCAAUCUCCGUAUUGCAUUCUUCUUAAUAAGUUCUGCAUUAGUUGGUACCACAACCAACGUUUCUAGAUUCUUAUCUAGAAACUGAACCAUAAUCGCUUCCGCAAACUCAAAACCCUAUCCCUUAUAAAAAAAAAAAUCCUAGUUUUAUUUUUUUCAUGAGAAAGUUUUAUACGAUGGAUCAAGAAGAUAACCAAGCUUAUGGUUCAAAUUUCUUAGGUAUGAUUCGUCCUACCUUGUCUGAUCAACCUUCUUUUACCCAGAGAAACAACAAAUUCAAAUCAUGUUGUAUAAUUGGAUGUAAAUUCUGUGAUAUGAGGGUAGAUAGUGGUAGUACAGAAAAUUACAUCGCUUAUAUUGUGAUAGAGGAGUUGGAUUUACCGGUUACUCCACAUCCCAACCCUUAUUCAAUUAGAGGGGUUAAUAAUUCUUUUCAUGAACGGGUUACACAUCAAUGUCUCAUUAACUAUUCUUUUUCUGAGUACGAAGAUUCGGUAUUAUGUGAUGUAAUCAAUAUGUCUGCGGCGGAUCUUAUUCUUGGAAGACCAUGGCAGUAUGACAAGCGUAGUACACAACUGUUUUGAGAAUACAUACGUUUUUCCUCAUCAAGGGAAAUUAUUGAGGUUAUGUCCCGGCGAGAUGAUAUUUGACGAGGGAGAUCUUUCUUUAGUUAAGAAUGAUGCUGACGCUAUUUUCACUACACCACUUGGCAGAGAAGAUACGAAAGCUACUUCUCAACAGGAAGAAGUAACACAACAAGUCGAUGAGGUUCCGUAUGUUUUACAAGAUUUUAAUGCAUCAGUUGAUGAGAAUAUAAACACUACUUCUGAAGAUAACAAUGAUGAAAAUCGUGUUUUCAUGCAAGAAGAAAAUUUCUUCGACAAGGUUUCGCAUGAUCCGUUAGAGCUUAAUGGUAAGUCACUGAAUCCUGAUUUACUAAUUCCUGAUGUUAAUAUGCUUGUUUUGUCUAUGAUUGAUAAUACUCAAGUUUUGAUCAAGUGGAUACACAAAUAAUAUUGCAUACAAGCCCUUGUAAGGCUCAACUCGUUGGGAUAAACGAUGAGAAUUCUUUGGCGUCGUUUGAUAUAUUUGUUCGUAUGCAUAAAAAUUUGUUUCUGAAAUACAUUUACAUGGAAGAUUACAUCGGUAGACAAGUUUUAGCUGAAAGGUUCUUGUCGGAUUUGAAAGGCCUCAUGUGGGUUGUGCAUUCGGAUGAUAAGUUUUGCAUUGAAGAAACGUUUAUAUAAUGGUCUAAACCAAAAGGAAUUCGGUGGAGAAAUCUAUCUCUUUCACCUGUAGUUGAAGACCUAAGAAUCACAGGAGAUCCACCAUAUUUUCUUAUGUCAGUAAAACAUAUGUCCUAUCAUGGGAUUUAUGGAACUGUACUUCUAGGCAUCGCUGGAUGGAUGGGUAAACACCUGGGGAUAGAAUUUGAGAGAGCACUUAUUGCGACUAAUGUGCCGGUUGUUGAUGUUACGAUAGAUGGACAAGAUAUUUUCCUGUCUAUUAAUAAAUAGCAUACUUACAGAAGUUGUUCACUCAAAUCAAUUUGAUGCAGUAACGUUAUCCAUCUUCGAAUAUUUUCAUUCGUGUGGAAUGAAGUACACUGUUCUCUCUGACCCUGGACUCGGUAUUCAUGAAUCAUAUAGUGUAUUCCAACGAGAAACGACGGAUGAUAUUUGUAUCAAGUUUGACAACAAAUCUUUCUUUGCUUUGCUAUGCCUUGGUCCCGUGUAUUUCUCACAAUUCCGUAAAUCUUUGCUCGGCACUGCAACUGCUAUUUGGUGGUCUAACAAAUUCAAGCGUUUCAAUGAGGUUAUACUGGUUGAUGAACCUUGGACAGCUAUGCGGUGUUACUUAGAUUACGCACUUCCAAAAAUAAUUCCAAGGGACGAUUCUCUAUCCGAGAGAUUUGGAGUUCGGAUGGUUUUUAUGGAAUGUGUGAUGCUUUACGGAGGAAUUUUAGUAAGAGAAUAUUCUGAGUUCAGUAUUCAAACCAUGACUAAGAUUUUCAUAGAAGUAAAGACCAAUAUCGACUACGGUGCUAUUUUCAAACGGGUUAAAUUUAAAACAAACCCAUGUAUUGUGGAGUAUCACCGUGUUGAUCAAGGAAGUGUGCAUACUCGAACUGGUGGUAGCAUGAAGGAAUACUUUCCAAUAUUUUUCAAGUUCUUCGAGUUCUUUUCGUCAAUCCUUGUGAACGCAGCAAAAUUUCUACUCUUCUUCGUGGUUAGAAUAUGGUACCUGGUAGUGAACAUGCAUUCAGUACUCUCUUCUACACUUUGGACAUGCAAUAACAAAGAUAUUUGUAGAAUUUUUCUUGUUUGGAUUAAGAAGUUUGAAGAGCUCGAGACAUGGAACAACAGACAUUCUUGUUUUCAGCAAGCUACAUGGGAGCCUGGAGGGAGAUUUUCUUUUCUCAUGCUCGAUAAGGGUGAAGAGCUAGUUAUUAAUACUUCCCACUUGAAAUCCUCUGGCAAGUCUCAAAAGAUAUUUCAUGAAGGUCGAAAGCUUAAGUCUGCUCGUAGCUGUGGAGUUUCAGUUUGCCCAAUAUAUAGAGAAGCGUUCAUAAUCAUUCCAGAGUGCCAGCAUGAAUGCCGUGCAGAGCUCAAGGAAUUUGACAUCUUGCUGCUAAAGAAGUCGAAGUGCGGCCGUAGGUGCUGUGGAUGUUGGAAUUAAAGUCGCAAAGCUCACACCAAAUAAAAACGAAGUACAAGAAAGACUUCCAGGAAAA